UUUUGUGUGCCACAGCUCCAACUUUGUAGUGUCCAGCAAGGCAACGCUAUGGACAAGUGUGCACGAUAAGAAAACUGCAACUUUAAUUUAACAAUAUUUAAUACAUUUACAUGCGUAACGAUCUCCAACACAAGCGAUGAGAUGCGCGCUGUAGAACCUUCAUUUUAACUAAGGAGACAGCGAAUUACUUUUUAAGCUGUUGAUCCCGAGAAGGAAACGCAAAGGAGUACAUUUUUAUAACGCAAAUGAGUACCUUUUUCUACAGCUAUUUACAAAGACCUGAGACCAAGAAGUCAUGAGAAGACGGAGACCAUGCGCACGGUUUUGUGAACUUGUACAAGCAGUUUAGGCUCGAGACAGAAAAGCGAAAACCGUUUUCUAUGUAAAGAUCAUUUUUCUGGUAUAUAUGAAACUCGAGUUUUUGAAAAGGAACAUUUUUGACAUUUAGGAUUUUAUUCAAUGUUUUUUAUUUGAACUAUGGUGGAAUCGGCUCAUUGGGCAGGUACGGCGCGUUGUGCGCUGGUGAUCUUGUGUGCGCUUUUCCCGUUGUGUUCAGGCCAGUACCACGGUGAGAAGGGCAUCUCUAUACCCGAACACGGCUUCUGCCAGCCCAUCUCCAUACCCCUCUGUACGGACAUCGCCUAUAACCAGACCAUCAUGCCGAAUCUCCUCGGUCACACGAACCAGGAAGACGCCGGGCUUGAGGUGCACCAGUUCUACCCGCUCGUCAAGGUCCAGUGUUCCAUGGACCUGAAGUUCUUCCUGUGUUCUAUGUACGCGCCGGUCUGUACGGUCCUCGAGCAGGCUAUCCCGCCGUGCAGGUCCCUGUGUGAGCGGGCGAGACAAGGCUGCGAGGCCCUGAUGAAUAAGUUCGGUUUUCAGUGGCCGGAGAGGCUCCGCUGUGAGAACUUCCCCGUCCACGGAGCGGGAGAGAUCUGUGUGGGUCAAAACACCUCGGACACCGGUAGCCCCACCUCGUACCCAACACCCUACCUUCCUGAGCUCAUGACUCUACCCCCCAAUAUUGGUCGACCGAGCCAGCAACAGGAGUUCUCCUGCCCGCUACAACUGCAGGUGCCCAACUAUCUGAACUACUAUUUUAUGGGGGUUAAGGACUGCGGCGCGCCUUGCGAGCCCACCAAGCCCAACGGGUUGAUGUAUUUUCGGGAGGAGGAGGUGAAGUUUGGCCGGCUCUGGGUCGGGAUCUGGUCCAUUCUGUGCUGUGUGAGCACCCUGUUCACAGUGCUGACCUAUCUAGUGGACAUGAGACGGUUCUGCUACCCGGAGAGGCCUAUCAUCUUCCUCUCCGGCUGUUACUUCAUGGUGGCCACUGCCUACGCCGCCGGGUUCAUCUUAGAGGAUAAAGUGGUGUGUAUUGAUCAAUUCAAGGAUACUGGUUAUAAGACUGUAGCUCAGGGAACUAAGAAAGAGGGCUGUACGAUUCUCUUUAUGGUUGUGUAUUUCUUCGGCAUGGCCAGCUCUAUAUGGUGGGUGAUUCUGUCCUUCACAUGGUUCCUCUCUGCCGGUAUGAAGUGGGGGCACGAAGCCAUUGAGGCCAACUCUCCGUAUUUCCACCUCGCUGCCUGGGCUGUACCCGCUGUUAAAACGAUUACCAUCCUGGCCAUGGGACAGGUGGAUGGAGAUCUACUCACAGGGGUGUGUUAUGUGGGCAUCAACAGUGUGGAUUCCUUGCGUGGUUUUGUUCUGGGACCUCUUUUUGUCUACUUGUUCAUAGGGACGUCGUUCCUUCUCGCGGGAUUUGUCUCUCUGUUCCGGAUCAGAACUAUCAUGAAACACGACGGAACCAAGACGGAGAAGCUGGAGAAGCUUAUGGUUCGGAUCGGAGUGUUCAGCGUCCUCUACACCGUUCCUGCUACGAUCAUCAUAGCCUGUUACUUCUACGAGCAGGCGUUCCGUGAACAGUGGGAGAAAACUUGGCACACACAGAACUGUAAAAGGUUCGCUGUGCCUUGUCCACCAAACAAUUUUGCGCUCAUGACCCCAGACUUUACUGUCUUCAUGAUCAAGUAUUUGAUGACUUUGAUUGUCGGCAUCACCUCCGGGUUUUGGAUAUGGUCAGGCAAAACACUGCAGUCAUGGCGCAGGUUCUAUAAGAGACUGAGUACCAGCAACGAGGGAGAAACGACAGUAUGAACAUCAAUGACAGACCGAGUACCAGCAACGAGGGAGAAACGACAGUAUGAACAUCAAUGACAGACUGAGUACCAGCAACCAGGGAGAAACGACAGUAUGAACAUCAAUGACAGACCGAGUACCAGCAACCAGGGAAUGAUAAUAUAAUAUAAUAGGGGGUGUCCCAAAUGGCACCCUACGCCCUAUUUAGUGCACUACUGUUGUCCAGGGCCCAUAUAGUAGUGCACUAGUAAGGGAGUAGGGUGCCAUUUGGGAUCAGAACACAACGCAUGGAAUAAGACCUAUGAUGAGUUCAAUAACGGGGGAUCCGUGGCUCGUGCAGCCCCGCCCCCCUGCAGCCCCGCCCCCUCCUUUCAGGAGCCAAUAAAAAGCCAUUGUGGCUUCCCAGAUCCCAGGGUUGUUGUUACGAAAACAAGCUCAUACGGACACUUUAUUGUGCAAUGAUCAUCUGAAGAGGAAUAAGGAGAAACGGACCGUUACCGUUAGAAACGUAUCGUUACCGUUAGAAACGUAUCGUUACCGUUAGAAACGGACCGGACCGUUCCUAACGUAUCGUUACCGGCAUGUAGGUCAAAUUCUGAAUCAUGUAGAGCCCCUGGGUGUUUGUAAGAAAUUGUUUUUCCAUUUACAGAGGUGAUCCUGUAACAAUUGUAUACAAUGAAUGAGCCUAUUCACACUAUGGAGCUACGACGACAUCAUAUAACGCUACUUGGCUUCAGUUGAAGACAGAACACGUUCGACCUGAUGAAUUUAUACUGCAUUUUUGUUUGACAUUCACAGCCAACCAGUGACAAUCAUGCAUAUAUUUGUGGCACAGUAAGACUGACAGACAUUGCAUUUAGAAAUGGGAUAGAAUAUGCAUGUGUGUAGCAGUGGAAUUAUGCCAGCUACUGCAGUAUACAUAUCUUGCAAAAACAUAUAUUUUUUUUCUCCCAAAAAUUAAAUCUAUUUUGGAUAAAAAUCAUGCAAUUUUUUUUUACAAAUGCUUUUUAAUCCUGUAAACGGUUUGUACGAUUUCACAGAUUAAAAUUAUUAUUAUUAUUUUAAA